CUUGGAAGGCUGCAGUUUUCUCAUGCACAGAAAGUCUACGCCAUCAAACCUGGGGAAGUUCUUCUUUAUAAGCAGCAGUUGGUUUCAGCAGACGAGAGAUUUCAGCUUGGCUUUUUAAACCCCAAAAAUCCUGUUGGUAAUUACUUGGGAAUAUGGUACACAGAUGAUUCGUCCAACCAGUUAUGGAUUGCAAACCGAGACACACCUAUAUCAGUUGGUCAAGGAAAUCUAACAAUGGAUGAAGACGGCCUGUUGAAGAUACUGCAUGGUGGAGGGAGUCCAAUUCCCUUGAAUGCUAACAAAACAGCACCAAACUCGAUCGCUGUCCUCGAGAACUCGGGAAACUUCAUCGUGAAAGAGUUGAAUCCUGAUAGGUCUAUCAAAAGGAUUUUAUGGGAAAGCUUUGAUUAUCCGACAGACACACUUCUGCCUGGUAUGAAACUGGGUAUGAACACUAAAACAGGGAAAGAAUGGAAACUUACUUCAUGGCUAUCUGAACAAGUCGCCGCCCCCGGAGGCUUUUCUCUCGAAUGGAGUCUCGCCAACGACACGAGACAAUUGGUAAUGAGAUACAGAGGGAAUAUGUACUGGCUCAGCGGGGUUGGGAGUGCAUCCCAGUUUCAAAAUAUUGCUGUUAUGAAUGAUGGCGACUACAAAUUUAGUUAUAUUUCUAAUGAGAACGAGAGUUACUUCAGUUAUUCUGUUCCGAACGGGACAAUUUCAAGGCUCGUCUUGAGCUCAGAUGGGACACUUGGAGAUUAUAAAAAACUUAUUUAUGUGGGAGGUGGUAUAUGUUUCGGUUACUCCUUUGAACCCGGUUGUGUGCAGAAUUCCUGUAGAACUAGAGGUCAAAAAUUUGAACAGCGACUGGUUCAAUGUCUAGACCCACGAGCGCUUCAGAGGGACGACAAUUGGAACACCAGUAUCGGUGAUUGUUGGACUAAAUGCUGGAGCAAUUGUUCCUGCGUUGGUUUUUAUUCAUAUUCAGGAAAUGGAACUGGAUGCCUAUUAUUUGAAACAGGUCAAUUUGUGGAAAAAACUAGUGAGGCACGAGCAAAAAAAUGGUGGAUAGGGAUCAUUGUAGCUGUAGUGGCUGCUCUUGCUGCAAUAUUGAAUUCUGCUACAGGAGAUCAAGAAAGCAAUGAGGAAAUUGCUUUCGUAUUUGGAGACACAAAAGAGGCUAGAAACGAUGGGAAGAAAGGUCAUGAUGUGAAAGUAUUCAGUUUUCCUUCCAUUGUCACUGCUACGGACAAUUUUAGCACCGAAAAUAAACUAGGACAAGGUGGCUUUGGUCCUGUAUACAAAGGAAAAUUACCUGAGGGGCAAGAGAUAGCUGUUAAGAGACUUUCGAGGAGCUCCAGACAAGGAUUGGUGGAGUUCAAGAAUGAGCUUAUACUCAUUGCAAAACUCCAACACAUGAAUCUCGUUAGACUUUUGGGUUGUUGUGUUGAAGGAGAUGAAAAGAUGUUGAUCUAUGAAUAUAUGCCCAAUAAAAGCUUGGACUUCUUUCUUUUUGAUCCAAAGAAAAGGGAGCUAUUGGAUUGGAAGUGUCGUUGUGCCAUCAUUGAAGGCAUUGCACAAGGGCUUCUUUAUUUGCAUAGAUAUUCUAGACUAAGAAUUAUUCAUAGAGAUUUGAAAGCAAGCAACAUCCUGCUUGAUAGCGAUAUGAACCCCAAAAUAUCAGAUUUUGGUAUGCCCAGAGUUUUUGGCUGGAAUGCUGCUGACGCUAUUACACAGAGAGUAGUGGGAACAUAUGGUUAUAUGUCACCGGAGUAUGCCAUGGCAGGUAACUUUUCAGAGAAGUCAGAUGUGUACAGUUUUGGAGUUCUGAUGCUGGAGAUUGUGAGUGGGCAGAAGAGCAGUGGCAUUUAUAAUCCUGAACAUCACCUGAGCUUAGUGGGAUAUGCUUGGGAAUUAUGGAGAGAACGUAAAGGGUUGGAGCUAAUGGACUCAAGUCUGGUUGAAUCCCAUUCUGAGCACCCAGUCUUAAGAUGCAUCCAUGUGGGUCUCUUGUGCGUACAAGAGUUUCCAGUGGAUAGGCAUACCAUGUCCGAUGUUAUUUCUAUGCUUAUCAAUGAAUCUCUUCCUCUUCCUAUUCCAAAGCAAGCAGCAUUUUCCACUCAAAGACAGUUGACGGAGGUAGGUUUACUCGGCGGAGGAAAAGAAAGUACUCCAGCUUCAGCCACUGUAACCAUUUCGGAAAUGGAUCCCCGGUGAGGAUGGAAACAUGAACGUAUGAGAUACAUAAUAGUGUGAAAGAAAAGUUUCCUGUGUUCAAGUAAGACCCUUUUGGAGCUUGUU